AUGCCAGGUUCGACUGACGGCGAGAUCCCCCCGGUUGCAAUCUCGUUCUCCCAGCGGCCGAACGGUACGAUUGCAACGGUGACCGUCUCGAACCCGAGAAAGCUGAACAGCUUGAACACGACCGUCCUCGACGCCUUUCUCGCCUCUGUCCCCCCACUCGCGCAAAGAUCCGAUCUGCGUUGCGUCAUCGUGACCGGCGGACCGUGCUCUGUUGGCCAGCAGGCAUUUAUCGGCGGCGCCGACAUCUCGGAGAUGAAGGACUUCCCCAACGCCGCAGCCGGCCGGACGUUCAUCAACAAGCUGCAUCUGGCCUGCAAGGCGCUGCGGGAUUUGCCCGUGCCCGUCCUUGCCCGUGUCAAUGGGCACGCCCUGGGCGGUGGGCUUGUCGUGAUGGCGUCGGCCGACUUGCGCAUUGCGACUUCGGACGCGCGCUUUGGCAUGCCCGAGGUCCAACGGGGCGUGCCGAGCACCAUUGAAGCGGCGAUGCUGCCGCUGCAGAUUGGCGCCGCGAGGGCGAGGAGGCUUUUACUCCUGGGCGACACGAUCUCGGCGGGCGAGGCGGAGUCCUGGGGCUUGGUCAACCGGGUCGUUGACGCCGACCUGUUGGACGGGGCCGUGGAAGAGUGGGUGGACCGGUUGCUGAUGAACGGGCCCGGGGCCUUGCGUAUUCAGAAGAAGCUGUUUUCCAUGUGGGAACGGGUCCCGCUGCGAGAAGCCAUCGAGGCCGGAGUGUGGGAGUUCGGCACGCCUUUCGAGGCGGCCGGGUCUGAGGCAGAGGGCAGGCGGAUGAUGAAUGAAUUCGCGUCCCAGAACAGGCAGAGGAAAGGCAGACUUUGA